CGCUAAAUCGAUUUUCUACUCCGCUUUUCCCAAACCCACGAGUGCCGUCAGUGUGUAUGAAAAAUUGUGGAAAUACAGUGUUUUAUCCGUGUUUUUAGCUCAAAAACUGUGCAAGAGAUAGUUUGAAGUGGUUUUCUGUGUGAUCCUUCUUAGAUUUGCUGGUCUUUGAGUCCUUAUUUGGAGGAUUGGGGUCCGAAGAGGAUAAGCGGACGUCAUGCCGGCGCGGUGGUGGUGAGAUGGACGCGCUCGAGAUGGAACCCAUUGGCAAAUAUAAGGCGGACAGGAACGGAUCCGCUAAAGCGGCAGCCUGGAGGAACAUGGUGGACGCGGAUCUCGAUGACGUCGCGUUCUUGGCCGACUCGGACAAGGCACGCGAGGCGCGCUCGCUCCGCUCCGCUCCGGUGGCGGUGUGCUCGCAGCGGCGCGCGCUGUGCCUCGCCGCGGUCGUGUUCUCCACGCUGUUUGCUAUCGCGCUGCUGCUGGUGUACGCUGCUCCUUCACCCGACUGCCCCUGCAUGCCGGACAACACGCUGAUCCCGGGCGCCACGCCCACCGACUCCGAGGCCGCCGCCGCUGCCGCCAACAAGGACCGCAUAGCCUCCAACGGGCUGGUGUUCCCGUGGCGCGGCGCGCGGCUCCCCACCUUCGUCAUACCGAAGGCCUACAGCCUGUGGCUGCACCCCAACCUGACUACUGGCGAGAUGAGGGGCGAAGUCUCCAUAGACUUCAAAGUGGACCGAGACACAACCUUCGUGGUCAUCAACCAACGCGACAUGAACGUGACCGAACGUGCGCUGUUCAAGUCGGGCGGCGCCGCGGGGCCGAAGAUAGCGCGCGCGCUGGACUACCCACCCGCCGACCAGACUUAUAUCGAGUUUAAGGACAAGCUGCGUCGCAAGUACAACUACACGCUGAGCCUGCGCUUCAUCACGCGGCUGGAGAGGAGCGCCGAGCAGCGCGGCCUGUUCCUCGCCGGGAACCAUAAACACCGCUGCGCCAUGUCCCGGUUCUGGCUGACGCACGCGCGCUCCGCGUUCCCCUGCCUCGACGAGCCGCACUUCCGGGCCUCGUUCAAACUCACUGUGGUCCGGGAUCGAUUUCACGUGUCACUGACCAACAUGCCGAUAGUGGCUACUGAGGAAGCUGGCUUCUACUUGGGACACAGAUUGCUACAAGACGAGUUCGCCCCCUCGCCCCCCAUGUCGCCUCACAUGAUGUCUAUCGCGGUCUGCCGGCUGCAGCGCCGCGCCGCGCCGAGCCCGCCCGACGCCACCACGGAGGCGGCUGACGAGAAGAGGGUUAAUGAGGACAGGCCGAAGAUUGUUAACCAACUACCCACGAAGCUACCCACGAAGCUCCCCUCAGUGGUGACUGAAGCUGCUGACGGGACCACGGCCUAUGAGGACGAGCCAUCACCGCCGCCGGAGAUCAGCCUGUACAGCGACCAGCAGGCCAUCCUGGACGACGCCGGGCCGCUACUCGAGUGGGUUCAGAAGACGAUCUCCACUUACGCCUACGAGCUAAACACUUCGUACCCACUGCCUAAACUUGAUAUCGUGGUAAUAGAAGGCGGCAGUCCUUAUUCCGAGGGUUGGGGUCUGAUCGCGUUGUCACCGGCCAUGCUGUCGGACACCAAGACCAUCUCGAGACUACUGGCGCAGCAAUGGUUCUCCGGUCUGGUCUCCCCGCGCUGGUGGAGCUCGCAGUGGCUGAUGUCGGCCGUCACCACCGUGCUCAUGCAGCGCGCGCCCGCCUUCAACGACGAGCAGCGAGCCGACUUGCUGCUCAGCCAUGUUCUGCCAGCCUUGAGACUGGACUCUAGUAGUUCAGCGAGGGCGGUGGCGGCGCCUCGACUGGAGAUAGCAGACAUUGAGGCCACCACUGAUGAACUGUCCAUACACAAGGGAGCAGCAAUAGUGAGCAUGGCUAUAGAAGCGGUGGGCGAGGAGGCCGGUCGCGCCGCGCUGGCGCACCUACUCAAAGUACACAGAUCAGCGUCAGCGGACGCGCGCGACCUCUGGAAGGCUCUCGCGCGGCCGGGCGUCCCACCCUCAGCGUGGGACGGGUGGUGCGAGCGCGCCGGGUACCCACUACUGACGGCACACGACAGGGGACCUGAUAGACUGAUCACUCAGGAAAGAUUCGUGAUGGCGGCUGACCCACCAGAUCCAGAGCCAGGGUUCGACACCAGCCUGCUGACGGCUGACCUGCGCGCUGACUUGGAUGAGAUCUUCUAUGAGCCUGAAACCAACCUAACAGAAAUCCUAGAAGAAGACAUCAACGCCACCACCACAACAACCCUACCACCGCCAACAACCCGGCGACCAGCUGUCAAACCCACCAAGCCGCCGCCGCCGCCGAAGUGGUACAUACCGCUGAGCUUCGCUGUGGGCCCGUUGAAGCCAGAAUACGCUGGGAAGAAUCUUAGUGAGACGGUUAAUGGGACUGCAGCAAACAGCACAUUGGGGUCGCGGUGGGCGGAAAACGUGACGCAUCUGGUCUGGAUGAACGACACUGAGAUGUUGAUCCCCGACCUCGGCAAGCACCAGUGGGUGCGCUACAAUGUGGGGGCCCGAGGGCUGUAUAGAGUCGCGCCGCAGGACCCUGUUGAGGGCGAGUCCGCAUCGCUCCGCCACCAGCGCAUCGCGGCGCACUACGGCGGCGGGUCGGCGGCGGAGCGGGCGCUCGCUUUAGACGACGCCUUCGUACUGAGUCGAGCUGGGCGACUGUCCGCGGCGCGGGCUGCUCAGGCUGCAGCGGAACUGAAAUCCGAGACCCACUGGGCGCCGUGGAAGGUCCUACUCCAGCAGCUGGCGUGGUGGCGGGCCCUACUCCGACUCUCGGCCGCCGGCCCUCGUCUGGACGCCAUGCUCCGAGAGACACAUCCACAAAGCCCCAGAGCACCCGCGUCCAGCGAGCAUGUAUGGCUAUCCGGUGCCCUCUUAACAGCCGGCGUGGAGUGGGGCAACCAGGAGGUCAUACAGCAAGCGCUGAAGCUAUACGACGCUUGGGACAAGGACAAUGCCACCAUACCGGACUUUUAUCAGGAGGGCGCAUUCACAGCAGCAAUCCUAACCUACGGCGCGCCCGCCUUCCACCGGCUGUGGGGCGCGCUGCUCGGCUCGCUGGCGGCGCCGCGGCCGCUGCUGCACCUGCCCGCGCUGCUGGCCGCGCUGCCCGCCGCCGCCGACCGCUGGCUGUUCUACAGAUACGCCUACACUAUGCUGUCGCCUGAAGCUCAGCGCAGCAGCGACUGGAAGGUGUGGGUCACCUCGCUCUUCGCUGGAGCUUGCAGAUGGCACGGCGCGAGCACGACGUGGCGGCUGCUGCGCGCGUCCCCCCCGCCCCCGCCCGCCGCCCUCGCCGCCGCCGCCAGCUGUCUGCACCAGCCGCACGACUACUAUCAGUUCAAAGAGCUAUUCGGCUCCCUCCCCGGCGGUCAAGCAGCUCUAGACACGAUCGCUCUGAACGCGGCGUGGGUGCGGCGCGCCGAGCCCGAGCUGCUGCGGCACUUCAACAGCACAGAGUAUGCUGGGGUCUAGAGGGGACGGUGUAUGUAGAUGAUGUCAUAGUUAAGCCUCAUAAAACGCCCCGGGUUUCUUAAGGAACAGCUAAAGUACCAUACAGUUACCACCACUCCGACACAUUAGAAAUUAAAAAUCCAUAAGCAGCGCCGCGCCGCUCGCCAGUAAAACAUCUGACAGAUGAAGACGUCAAAUUGACAGAUGAAGACAAGCCAGCAAUGCUGCUUAAUUCGUCUAGAGGGGACGUGUAUGCAGAUGAUGUCUUAAUUCUGGCUAUUCGUCUUUUGUACUGAUGGCGCGUCAUAAAACCUGUAAGUAUAAGAACAGUAGCUGUGCUACCACACCGACUCAUAAGCGUUUGACAAUCCUUAAACUGCUUCAAUCGCUUGUCAAAACUGACGUAACUUUUAUGGAUUUGACAGGUGGUUCCUGCGCAAUAUCAAUUUACGGGGGGUAGCCAGUGUUGCCAUUUGAGCACUCUGCAAAAGCUGUCAGAGACCAUAAUCUCUUUAAAACUAAUAAAAUCUCAUCGUCAGCCUCCCUCAAAUAUUUAAAAUGCUGAAACAACCGUCACCGCGCCAAUUAAAAAAACAAUGGGGGCAAUUCUACAAUAACCAUAAAAAAUAUAAAUUUAAAAAUGUUGUUUGCUACAACUUUAGUGGGAGACUUUCUGACAGUCUCCCCUUGACCUUUGGUUUUUAUAACGCCACUUUUAAAUAAUUAUUUUUUUGCGAAAACUUCAAUCACGUAUUUAUUAAAUGUUCGCCAUUACUUUAACUUUAAUAAUACCUACAGAUAAAACAAAAUGGGAAUGCUUCAAAUAAGAUAUCAUGUGCUCAUAAUCCUAGACAUUAAAGUAUCUUUCACGACAAAUCAAUUGUGUAAUAUUGUGGUAACUACCUACCUAGAUCUAGACCCUCCAUUACAUGAGCUGGAUUCUAGAAUAGCAUUAAUCAUUCAUCACUAUAGUUAAUUAGUUGGUGUCAGUUAUUUCCCUCCUGCUGUUGUGUUCUAGCACAAAAAUAUUGCCAUCCUUAAUUUAUGAUAAAUGUAUCCAAAUAUUUAUAUGUAUAACUAUCCAUAUUAUACACAGUUAUCUACGCACAUAAAAUUAUUUUAUAUAAAUAAAGUAUUUAUCUCGCCUUCAUUAGUAUGUACAAUAUGUUAUGUAACCGCCAUCUUAAAAUGUUUACAUAAAAUAUAAUCAUUUCAAAUACCUAUCUCAUAGUUUGUAAGCCGAACGUAGAAGUAAGUACAAAAUAAUUAAAAUUUGUCUAUGAUCUCAAAAAAUAUGUCCGUUUGUAGACUGAACGUUAGGUUAACAUUUUUGUAAAAUAGCGUCACUUUUUAAAAAAAUCCGUCAAUAUCUUUUUUAUUUUGAACUUUUCUACUUGUGACCAAAGAAUCUUGUAUAUUUUUGUAGAGAAAAAAAAACUUUUUAUAUGGAACUUUUUCUAGAAAUUCAUCUUAGUCGUUAAAAAAAAAUAUCCGACCAUUAGAAAAACAAUGAAUGGAAAUGAAAAAGUAUCAAGUUUGAUUAAAGUAGCCUCUUUACUGAUCGGUGUUGCCAUGUUUAAGAUUUUACCAGUUUUUAGGGUAAAGAAAGAAGGUUUUAGCGAAAUGUUGAUAUUGAGAAUGAGAGACUUUCUGAAGGCUCAUUAAGAAAGUAUAAUUAAAUCAUAGAUGGCGCAAGUAAUUUCAUACGACGACCAGUUCAGUAAAAAAUGUAGUGGUCAUUGUAUGAAGGUAUUACUAGCGCCAUCUAUGAUUUGACUAGUUCUUUUUUUAUGAGCUGUCUGAAAAUCUCCCAUUAGAUGUUUGUAAAACUAGUCGGAUUAUAAAAUCUUGAAAAAAAUUCAACUAUUUUUACGAAAUCUUAAUUUUAAUAGACAUUAACUAGUACUUGAAAUACUUAGUAACAAUAAUAUCAUCACUAUCAAUGUGUAAACGGAUAAUUUACUGUUAUUAUGUAAUGAAUAUAGUGGUUUUAACUACUUGUAAUCGUAGGUAAGUUGUUUUUUUCCUACUUGUGAUCUCUUUAUUUUUAAUUCUACCAGCUACUUUGUAAAAUAUAGCAUGGAUCCUAUGACGUUUGAGUGACAGAUGCGUAUACAUGCUUAAUAAAAAGGCUCCAAUUUCGCUAGUGAAAGUUCGUUUUCCCUUGAAAACCAACUGACACAUAAAAUAUUACAGUGACACAAACUUAUCUGUUCCGGUGAGAGCGAACUAAAUUGAUCCAUAUCUCAUUAUUUACUAAUGAAUUAUAUAUUGAUAUAGAAGAGAGAGAUUUAUUGAAGU